AUGUUAUGCCUGCCCGCCGAUGGGCCCUCGUCCUCCAGGCGGCCCCCCCAAACCAGAGGCGUUUUCUUCGGGUGCCGCGGUUGUGCCUCCACGGUAGGCCGGGGGCGUCUGCGGAGGCCGCGUGCUCUUUGUGCCGCGAGGGACGCGGUGGCCGAGGGCAAAAAUGAGUUGGAGCGGCUUCUCCCGCGCGAGGUUGAGGAGGCGCACCGGAGGGCGCAUGACGCCGGGAGGGACAAGUACGUCGACCCAACCGCCGGCCGGCCGCUUCUGACGCGGAGCUUCCACAUGAGGCGCGGCGUCUGCUGCGGGAAAAGGUGUCGGCAUUGUCCGUACGGGCACGUAAACGUCCCUGCCGCGGCCGGGUUGGCGCCAGCAGGGAGACGGAUCGCUUGA